AUGAGUCUCUCCGACUCCGACAGCCCACUCUCGUCAGUGCCAUCCAGCGGCGACGAGGGAGAGGACCAAUCCUCUCCCGAAAUCCCCGUCAAGAAGAUUUCCAAGAAGAAGCAGCAGCAACAGCAGAAGAAACAGCAGCAGCAGCAGCAGGCUCGGAAGAGUUCCACACCACCGCCUCCCCGAAAACCGCGACGCAAGGAACAGCCUCAUGUAGCGACGCUGUCGGACGCCCCCGAGCUGGCGUUCAUCGUCAUGUUCCGCUCGCGGUUCGCGGACGCGUUCAAGGGCGUGCCGAACUUGGGGUGCCAGGACAUUGAGAGGGGUGUUGUGGACUCUACACCGAGCGAACAGGUGGAGGUACUGCUCUGUCGUCUGCUGGGCCUGGUGCUGAAUAGGAAGAAGCCUGUUGAGCGCGGCCAUUAUCAACGUCCACUCGAAGAGGCUGUACACGCUCAUGUCACCCAAUGGCCAAGAUCAUGGGAUGGAAAAAGCCCGUUUGCGGGAGGUCGCCAUUUCAGCGCCUUAGAUGCCCCACAAAGAUUGUCGGUUUUGAAGGCAUUGAUAAACUGGGCCUUAACCUCUUCGGAAACCAUUCGCGCACUCGUCGCGGAAUCUUACAAAUCAAGCCGUCAUGAGGACGAUCUUAACAUCCCUAUAUCGGUCCAGCCGUGGGGUCGGGACGGCGAUAAAAGGCGGUAUUGGCUAAUUGAAGGGCGAGAGGAUACUCCAUUCAGGUUGUACCGGGAAAGCAAUCCUGCGCUCAAGACUGUCUCGUGGAUUAACGUCGCGGGUACCAUCGACGAAGUCCGCGCAGUCGCGCAAGAGCUCGAGGAUGAGGACGGCACUAAGCACGCACUCGCGCUGAAGGAGAAGAUCCUCAGCGCCAUUCCGCGCUUUGAAGAGGGCGAGAUUAGACGGAAAAAGCGCGAGUACCGCCAGUCGCGAAAGGCCUUCUUCAAGCAGCCCAACGGCACCUCCCUCUACGAAGGGCGCACGCGUGGUAAGCGUAUUAAGUACACCUUCUCUAGCGACGACGAAGAUACGCCUGCCAGCGCCAACAACACCAAGCCUGGUUCCGAGACUGAAGACCACCAACCCCGCUUCACAGCAAGCGGAAGACAGAUCCGGAAGCCGGCGAUGGGAGUAUACGGCGAGCUCAAGAUCAACGGGUCUAACGGCACGGCGACGGGCGAUGCAACACCGUACGCCGGCAGUGAGCGUAGCUAUGGCGGCGAUGCCACGCAGGAUUGGGAUCACGAGUCGGCGUCGGAGGAUUACUCGGACGAGGAGGAUGAGUGGCCGCUACAAGAGGAGGAAGAGGAGGGCGCGCCAAAGAAGAGCCUCAGGAUCAUCCUAAGGGUUAAUAAAUCGAGAUUGCCAGAGUCCACGCCUCCGCCGGCGAAGAGCGGCGCCGAGGAGGAGGUCAAGGCGAACGGAUAUGCUGGCGGCGGCGCCGAAGAGGCGAAUGGUGUCCACAUGCAGCAGAGGACUGAGAUUGAUGUACUUCCGGACGCGCCGGAGGUCCAGGUCAAUGGGAAGGGAUAG